AUUAUUUUAGGCACAGGUUGGUAAUACUGGCAGAAAAUUCAGCCAUCUUGGAUAUGUGAAGUACGUGGAGAUGGAAAUGAUAGUGGGACUGUCUAUAGCUGGGUUUGUGGCCCUUGUUAUCAUUGGUGUACUCAUUAGAGUGGCCCAUAAACGUCUUGUGAAAAGGGCUAUUGCCAGUAGGUUUCCAGAAUACGUAAAAGUGAAUGUUCCAGAUGACGAGGGGAAGAAUGCUUACUAUAGAGUAGAAAUAACUGAUUUGGAAAGAAUGCUGAGUCGGAUUUUAGGAGACAGAAUGUUGGACUUCUCAAUAAUCAAUAAAAGGGAAAUCAGUGGACAAGGUCAGUUCGGGAUCGUAUAUAGGGCUGAAAUGAAAGGCAGAGAUGUUGCAGUUAAGACGAUCAAGACCUCAGAGGGUUGUACUGAAGAUCAGCUCUCAGAAUUCUUACAAGAAGGUCUCUUAAUGAAGGACUUUGAUCAUCCGAAUGUUCUCAAUCUAAUAGGUGUGGCGCUUCAUGAUGACAUACCACAUUUCGUCGUCCCAUAUAUGGCUAACAAAGACUUGAAGGAAUAUGUCCGCGAUCCAGAAAAGCGAAUAACUGUCCGUCAUUUGAUGGGAUUGUGUCUCCAAGUUGCUCAUGGUAUGGCCUACCUCGCCGAUCAGAAAUUCGUACACAGAGAUUUGGCAGCAAGGAAUUGCAUGGUUUCAGCAGACAUUGUCGUAAAGAUCGCAGACUUUGGACUAUCCAGGGACAUCUACUCUGAGACAUACUACAGAAUUACCGAUCAUUCCAAACCACUCCCAGUCCGCUGGAUGGCCAUAGAGAGUCUUGUCGACGGCAAAUUUAGCAGCAUGUCUGACGUGUGGUCCUUUGGUAUUCUUUCAUGGGAAGUAAUGACCAGAGGUGGAUUCCCCUAUGCUGACAUAGAUUCUUACAUGCUAAAAGCUCUGAUCAUCUCUGGACAUAGACCUGAUAAGCCUGAGUAUUGCCCUCAACAACUGUACAUAGUGAUGUGGGACUGCUGGCAUUUGGACCCCUAUGAGAGACCUACCUUCCCGGAAAUAGCGGCUGACAUAAGUAAUAUUUUGGGCCUGAAUGAAGAUCUGCGAUCAUCGUUUUCUACAUUUUCAGGAUCAUCUUUUGAUACUUUAUACGAAAGCAAUGUACGUGGCCAUAGUGAGUUACAUAUUGACGACAACUAUCUAUCGCCCAAAAAUCAAGGUGAUUUAAAGCAGAAGCAUCAAAACAUACCAAGAAUAAACCUUAAAAAUAAAAAAGACGAACCUCCUUUACAAUCACCUUUAACAAGGUUUCAUCGAGACAGUGCAGGGCAACCACGAUACAGUACAUUUGGUACAAACUCGACUUUUGGAAGAAAUGCCAGGAAUUAUAACGCCAUGUCAGGUGAUGUCAGGGAUCUAAACCCCUACUAUAGAACGGAGUUCCAAACCUUUAGAUGAAGUUCUCUCUGUAUGGUUUAUUUUUUAUUGGUUUACAAUUCACAUUUAUCAUAAUAGUUUGUCCCAGUGUAUUCUUUCAUCUUACAUGUAUGCUACUAGUAUUUUAUUGUUCAAUGUUGGUAGCAUCGGGGGCAUGUACACGACAUAACCGGGGCGUAUAAUGUCUUGGAUUACGGUGGUGAUAUGAUAUAAGUAUGGUAUAAAAAAGUAUUAAUAAUGUCUGCCCGAUAUAGGCUAAGUGACAAAUUUGAGUGUAAAGAGUAUACAUAUCUUUAGCACGGCGCA